AUGCCUCCCAAGUUUGACCCCAACGAGAUUAAAAUCAUCCACCUCCGAGCCACAGGUGGUGAGGUUGGUGCCUCUUCGGCACUGGCUCCUAAAAUUGGUCCUCUCGGUCUGUCCCCAAAGAAGGUCGGAGAAGAUAUCGCCAAGGCAACUGGUGACUGGAAAGGCUUGCGCGUGACUGUCAAGCUCACCAUCCAGAAUCGUCAGGCCGCUGUGUCUGUUGUCCCUACUGCUUCUUCUUUGAUUAUCAGGGCGCUGAAGGAGCCGCCCCGUGAUCGGAAGAAGGAGAAGAAUAUCAAGCACAGCAAGUCGGUCAGUCUUGAGGAGAUUAUUGAGAUCGCAAGAACCAUGCGAUACAAGUCUUUUGCCAAGGAGCUCAAGGGCACUGUGAAGGAGAUUCUUGGAACCGCUUAUAGUGUUGGGUGCCAGGUUGAUGGCAAGCCCCCAAAAGUCAUCAUUGAGGGCAUCGACAGCGGCGACAUUGACAGUACGUAA